AUGUCAUCGCCAACACCGAGCUUGACAGUGCGCAACGUGCGUCUGCCACCAGCAGCGUAUCGAACACUGAGCCUCGACACAGAUGCAGCACCACUUGUGGAUCUCGAGUAUACCGCCAGUAACGACACGGUCGAGGUGCACCUCACGCCGCACCACGCCUCGGUCGAGCAGCGCUUUGAUCCUGACCGGCCCUUCGCGUCUACUAUUCGCGUCGAUCCUACACCUGGCGAGUGUCAUAGCGUAGUGCAAGAGGCUGGGCAGAGGCGGCUGGUGGGACGCUUCCCUGCGCCCACACCCGCUCCUGGUUCUGCGCAGCCUCGCUGCAUCGAUGCACGUGGCAGCCUCGGCAUCCCUGGAGGCCUGUGUCAUCCGCACAUCCACCUCGACAAAUGCUUCCUCCUCGACCGCUGCACACUCUCGGACGGCACAUUCAACGAGGCUCUCACUGCGACUGCCGACGCCAAGGCGCAUUUCACGCACGACGACCUCGUCGCGCGCGGGCGCCGGCUGAUCGCCGCCUCGCUCUCGCACGGCGUCACGAGCAUGCGUGCGUUUGUCGAGGUGGACCCUACCGUCGGACUGCGCUGUGUCGAGGCGGGCAUUGCGCUGCAGUCCGAGUUUGCGGGGCGGUGCAAUGUGCAGCUCGUGGCGUUUGCACAGGAUCCGCUCUUCUAUCCCGAUGCAGCGAAACAGCAGCACAUGCACCAACUCAUGCGCCAAGCAGCAAGCAGAAACGAGGUGGGUGUGGUCGGAUCAGCACCCUACGUCGAAUCCUCCGAGGGCGGAGCAAUGCAGCACAAGACGCAACAACGCAGGAACAUUGACCUUGUCUUUGCGCUGGCAGAGGAGCACGGAAAGCAUGUUGAUUUCCAUCUCGACUACGACCUCGAUCCACCGGGCUCAGCAGCAGAGGGCAAGGAAGCUAUGUUGCCGUACGUCCUCACGCUCUCGCGCGGUCGCAGCUGGGAUGUGCAUGGCCAGGCGAGACGCGUGACGGUCGGACACUGUACCAAGCUGAGCGUGUACACCGAUUUCGACGUGGCCGGGUUGGGCGAUGCGGUGGAGGGUGUAUCGGUGGUCUCGCUUCCGCCGUCGGACAUGUACAUGCAGGGGCGUGAGCAGCCGUACGCCUCUCGCUCCCGGGCUACCCUACCGCUGCUGGAGCUGCACAAGACGCUGCGGCUCAACUGGGCCAUGGGCGUCAACAAUGUCGCGAACCUCUUUACGCCGCAGGGCGAUGCCGAUCCGCUCGCCUUGCUCCCCUGCAUGGUCGGCGUGUGGCAGAGCGCCAAACCACACGAUUGCGAAACACUGCUCGCGGCGGUUUCCACCGCUGCACGCUACGCUGCCGGCCUCAACUCUUCCUACGCAGACGCCGAGGUUUGGGCGGACCUGACACUGCUGGAUGGAGCUAGCGCGGUUCAAGAUGCCGUAUGCGCUCCACCCUUUGGUAGGACUACGAUCGCCAACGGAAGCCUGGUGGCACAACGCACGAUUCAUUCGACACGAUUCUAG